GAGAGGUACCCCUGCUCGUAUAUCCAGGAGACCUUCACGUCGAGACCUUCCAGGAGACCUUCACGUCAAGGCGCCGGAGAGGAACCAGCUGUCAGACCUGCUGCACGGACCUCCGCGAGCACACAGCCGAGCUCUGCACUCCAACAAGCCGAAUACAAAGCCUCUGAACCCGGGAACAAUGAAGAUGCUGCUGCCUCUGGUGAUCCUGCAGCUGCUCCUGGCUCCAGCGCUCACGGUGCCCAGUGUGGAUAACUGGGACACGUGGGGUCCUUACGGAGAAUGCAGCCGCAGCUGCGGCAGUGGAGUGACCAUGAGAACUAGACGCUGCGUCACCCUCAGAGCUGACGGAGGACACAACUGUGUGGGACCAGAGAAGUCUUACCGCACCUGCAACAUCCAGGACUGUCCCGAGGGAUCCAAGGAUUUCCGUGAAGAGCAGUGCUCCAAAUUUGACGGGACUGACUUCCAGGGGAAACUCUACAAGUGGCUUCCAUAUUACGGAGCGGAGAACCCCUGUGAGCUGAACUGCAUGCCAAGAGGAGAAAACUUCUUCUACCGCCACCGCAGCGCCGUGGUCGACGGCACGUCCUGUCACCCCGGACGGAGGGACGUUUGUGUGGACGGAGUCUGCAAGCGUCUGGGCUGUGACAACAUGUUGGAGUCUCUGCAGCAGGAGGACCCCUGCCUGCAGUGCGGGGGCAACGGACAGUCCUGCCAUCAGGUCAAGAACAGCUUCUCUGUGCGCGACCUGCCCACCGGCUACAACCAGAUGUUCAUCAUCCCCGUUGGCGCCACCAGCAUCAGCAUCAGAGAGACUGUGGCCACACGCAACUACCUGUCUAUCAAGAACCUGCGAGGGGAGUAUUACCUCAAUGGCCACUGGGUAAUUGAGUUUUCCAGGGCGACACCCAUUGCUGGGACGAUGCUGUACUACCAGCGAGGAGCGGAGGGCGACAGCGUCCCCGAGACCAUCUCUGGCCGUGGCCCCACCACCGAGCCCCUUGUUGUGGAGCUGAUCAGCCAGGAGCCGAACCAGGGAGUGGAGUACGAGUUCUAUCUUCCCAACGGACGCUCCAGACAGGGUUACUACUGGAGCUUUGGAUCCUGGUCGUCCUGCAGCAGAGACUGCGGCUCAGGCUACCAGUCUCGUCUGGUCUUCUGCACCGUCGAUAACGAGGCGUACCCCGACUACCUCUGUGCCUCUCUGCCCAGGCCGCAGACCAACCGCACCUGUAACCCCCACACCUGCCCUCAGAGCCGCAGCUGGAGAACCGGAGAGUGGAACAGCUGCUCGGUGAGCUGCGGCGGAGGCUCUCAGCUGCGCAGCGUGCAGUGCGUCUCCCAUGAUGCCGCGGGCCCUCGCGUGGUGGAGGACACCAUUUGUGCCACCUACACCGAGGCACCCCCCUCCCUGCAGACCUGCAACAUGCAGAAGUGUGCAGAGUUCCAAGUCACGAGAUGGAGCGCGUGCUCAGUGACCUGUGGUGCAGGUGAGCAGACCCGGGAGGUCACCUGUGUGGGAUCAGGAGGAAUGAGGCUGGAGGAAACUUCCUGCAGCACGCUGCUCCGCCCGACCGCCGCCCGCCCCUGUGAGACGGCCGCCUGCCUGAGACAGAUCAGCUGGCACGUGGGAGACUGGGGCCUGUGUUCUCAGAGCUGUGGCUCCGGCUCACGGGAGCGGCAGGUGAUCUGCUCGGACCAGGAGAGGAACCUGUACCCUGUGGGCCAGUGCAACGCUCACCCCAAACCCUCCAUCGUGGAGCGCUGCAACAUCCAGUCCUGCUACAGGCCACAGGUGGUUCCCAGCGUCCAGGACUCACGAGGACACGACAACACACAGACUGUUUUCCAGCCCUACGUGCCGGACCGCGCCACAGCAGCCCGCCGGCCGGAGACGGACCCGACCCAGACCAACGCGGUCCACGACCCUCACGGCUCCGCCCCGGCCCUCCACUGCAGCCAGUCGUAUUAUGGCUGCUGCCCCGAUGGACGCACGUCAGCCGGCGGCCCCCAGGAUCUGGGCUGCCCACAUGUCCCAGCUCCCACUCCUGUGCAACCACACUGCAUCCAGACCAGUUAUGGCUGCUGCAGAGACGCGGUGACGGCAGCUCAGGGCCCCAACAAAGAGGGCUGUGCGGAGUAUGCGGCCCCCGCCCCCGCCCCCACGGCUGCUCUUUCUCUUCCCACUGAGAAUGCACCGCAGUGCCGGAUCACCACCUACGGGUGCUGCUAUGACCGCACCACGCCUGCAGGAGGACCCAAUGGGGAGGGCUGCCCCAACCCCCCCAACCACAUCGAGCACUCCAUCUGCUCGCUGCCUCGUGCUGCCGGCUCCUGCAGCGGCUGGGUGCCACGCUACCAAUACGACGUCAUCACCUCCAAGUGCGUGCACUUCUGGUACGGCGGUUGCCACGGCAACAGCAACAACUUCAUGACCCGCGCCGAGUGCCAGAGGGCGUGCCGGGUGUCGGCACCGAGCCAGCAGGGCCCGGGGCCGGUCGCUCCCGCAGCACAGCCGACUCCUCGGAGAGAAUCCACCGCUGGAAGGACCGCGACUGGAACCGACACCGUGUCUGGAGCCGGCACCGCAUCUGGAUCCCCUUCUGGAGGAUCAACAGGUGGGGGGUCACACAACAUGGGCAGGAUUUUCACAGUCCAGGGAGGCUCGACCAGCAGCACCGGCAGGCAGGCCAUAAGUGCGGCCAGGCACGCCCACAGAGCUCGAGUCCAUCUGCGCGCUCGCCUGCCUUCUGCUACGGCUGCACAGCACACCGGCCCAGCGGCGAGUUUGACCCUGGGAGGAGUGACCAUCGAUAAGACCGACCCCUCCACGGUGGAAGCUUUAGUGGGACAGACGGUGGUGCUGCCCUGCAGGGUCAGCCCGCCGCCGUCCUCCACCCUCAGCGUGGAGUGGAGACGAGAUGGCGUCGCUCUGUUUACUCACAGGCAUCACCAGCAGCCCAAUGGUUCCCUGUUAGUCGGUCCUCUCACCAAGUUGGACUCCGGUUGGUUCUUGUGCGUGGCGACUCGUGAACAGGAGAGAGACCACCGCUACAUCUACCUGUCGGUCUCAGUGGGAUCCUCUCAGCUGAGUACCACCCCCCUGCCCAGAGAUGGUCCUGUCCCUCGCUUCAGCAUCGAGCGGUUGAGCUCCUCUGUGGUGGAGAUGCGAGCGGGACAAACUGCCCGUCUGUCCUGCACCGUCGUGCCUCCGUCAGCUCUGCAGGCCGUCAGCAUUCAGUGGACUAAAGAUGGACAGCCCCUCAGUGACUCCAGGUACACCCAACAUUCAGACGGCUCGCUGACCAUCGGCUCUGUGAGGUCUGCAGACUCUGCAGUGUUCACCUGCACGGCCUCCUCCCAGCAGCAGCUGGAGCAGAGGCAGCUGCAGCUGCGAGUCCAAGCCGACCUGAAGAUCACCACAGCUCCCAACAACAUCCAGGUGUCCGAAGGCAGCACGGCUCUGCUGCCCUGCGUGGUGUCCGGAGACAACGUCAACAUCGGCUGGUCCAGAAACGGCGUGCCGGUGCGUCCCGACGGUCAGAACAUCCUCAAGUCCUCUGACGGCAGUUUGAUCCUGAACAACGUGAAGCCUGCAGACGAGGGAACGUACACCUGCAACGCCUACACCGGCAUCUACUCUGUGAGCGCCACGGCGGAAGUGAGAGUCACGAAAGACGCUCCUCGAGGUGUUGACGUGCCGCCAGAAUGCGUGGACCAGCCUGAGCUUGCCAACUGCGAGCUCAUCGUCUACGCCCGACUUUGCUCCAACUCGUAUUACUCCAGUUUCUGCUGUGCCAGCUGUACCAGGCACUCACAGAGGAGCGACCGGCUCAGUCGGCUCGGAUAGAAGAUGCAGAGUGGGGGGGGGGCUGCUGCCAAAAGGAACUGAAACACUGAUAUCUGAGCAGCUCAAGCCUGCAAUGAAAAAAGGGAUUUAUUACUGUGGACGUUGUUCAACACUUGUUCAGGGAGUCUGUUCGUACACUGCUCAACAUGGGAACAUUAAAUAAGGGCCUUCAAAUUAAAUGUAAAGUCUGUUGUUCAAACUUUCUUUUAAAUAAGUUAUUUACUCGACAUGUUCUCUGUUUUCUAGAGAAUUAUUUCCUUCUACAUGUAAAUCCAGUGAAAUGAAUGAAUUAUUCCAUCUGUGCUGUUUUCACCACUGCUCUUUUUUGUAUCAAUAUUUUUGGCAUUUCACUGAUAAAAGGUAUUUUCUGUGCUUAUUGUUUAUUUUUAUGUAAGUAAUUGAUAAUAAAAUAAUAUUUUG